AUGCAGUGCUAUUCAGAGCUCGUGCCUGCCUCGGGCGUCACGCACUCUCUCGCAUUGCCGUUCACGUCCUCCGAUGGUAACAACCUGAUAGUCGCGCGGAGAUCUUUGCUUCAGAUCUACCGAAGAGUGACUUCAAAUGACAGCAGCGAGAGUAAGCUUGCGUUGAUCAGGGAAUAUCACUUGGCUGGCACCAUCACUGGCAUCGGACGCGUUCGACUGGAGAACACGAAAAGUGGCGGAGAUGCGAUUUUGAUCGCAUUUCGCGAUGCAAAGCUGAGCUUGGUGGAAUGGGACGCUUCACAGAACAGUAUCUCAACAAUUUCGAUACACUUCUACGAGAAUCAUGUUCUGCAAUCCGCACCAUGGCUCCCUGAUCUGCGUGAUUGUGUCAGCCACCUCAGCAUCGAUCCCAACAGCCGAUGCGCAGCCUUCAACUUUGGAGUAAACAAUCUCGCCAUAGUCCCAUUCCACCAGCAGGUUGACGACCUGGAAGACGGUGAUAUGGACGAUGUAGGCGAAGGCAAUGCUUUUGAUCGAACCAUGUCCACUGCCAAUGGUGCCGCCGAUGGCCACAGAACUCCAUAUUCUCCGUCAUUCGUUUUGCCUAUGACGACCCUGGACCCGGUACUCCUUCAUCCAGUUGAUUUGACGUUCUUACAUGAGUACCGAGACCCUACGAUUGGCAUCUUGUAUAGCACUUCGGCGCGAUCGAGCAACAUGGCUGCCGAACGCAAAGAUGUCAUGACCUAUUCGGUCUACGCCCUGGAUCUCGAUCAACGAGCUUCGACGAACUUGCAGACGGUGCCAAACUUGCCCAACGAUCUGAACACGGUUGUUGGACUGCCACUGCCUGUUAGUGGAAGUCUGCUCAUUGGCGGCAAUGAACUCAUACACAUUGAUCAAGGAGGCAAAGCCACCGGCAUUGCGGUGAACGAGUUCGCAAGAGAGGCAUCCGCAUUUCCGUUAACUGAUCAGUCGAAACAUGGUCUGCGUCUCGAAGGAUGCCAGGUUGUCCAGCUGGACAGGUCGAACGGAGACAUACUGAUAAUCCUCCGAACGGGUGCUCUGGCGGUCUUGUCCUUCCGCCUGGAUGGGAGAUCCGUCUCGGGCAUAUCACUGAAGAAGCUGGACGAUCUUUCCCUGUCACACGCGGUUCGAGGCAGGUCCACAUGUACGGCAGUGCUCAUAUCCGGUGAGAUCUUCAUUGGCAGCGACGAGGCGGACUGUGUUCUCAUUGGACAACAAGUGCGUCCGGGAAACCUCAAACGUCAGACAUCUCGAGUGCAACCUGUACUCAACGGUCAUGGACAUUCCACGAGUGGGGCAGAUGAGACGGCAGCUGGUGUUGGUGGCGACGAUGAAGACAGUGAUGAUGACGAGGACGAUAUUUUCGCAAACGUCAAUGGUGGUCUUGUCGAGAAUGGUUAUUCUAGCAACACGAAAUUAGCUGUCCUUGAUACACUACCGACAAUCGCUCCUCUGCAUCAAAGCGCAUUCGGCAAGAUUGGCAAGAGGAAACGAGAAGAUGAUGAUGCUGAAUCGACAUCGGCUCGUGUCGCCGAAGGUCUGGAGUUUGCCGUCUCCUAUGGGAAGCAAAAAUCUGGAGGCAUUGCAUUCUAUUCACAAGCCAUCCAUCCCACCACCAAAAGACGACUAGGGCAUGGCAAAGCUACUUCAAUAUGGUCCUGUUGCAAAGGCGCGAGCACCAGCAGUCGCUUUAUUGUCUCCGAAAACACGCCGAGUGACGGCCUCGCUUCAUCACUAUGGUCGAACGACAAGGGCAGCAUGUCUCGAGUCUACGACACUGCUUUCGAAGAUAUACAGGGCAAGCCCAUUGCCGUGGGAAGGUUCGACACUUCACAGCAUACAAUUUACUUGACUGGCAGUGAGAUCAGAGUUUAUGAUGCGGCGUUCGAUGUUUCGCAAAUUCUCCCCAUCGUGGAUGAAGAUGAAGACCUGCUCGCAAGGGCAGUAAGUGCCGACUUCGCUGAGCCAUACAUGACGAUUCUUAAAGAUGAUCGGACUUUCAUGCUUCUCAAAGCCGAUAAAAGCGGCGAACUUGAGGAGCUCGAGUUGCCUACAACAUUCGCUGGGACUAACUUUACCUCUGCAUCAUUGUAUCUCGACAAAGCCGAUUACUUCCAAUCAUCUCGUUUUCUCUCUGCAUCCUCGGAGCCGGUUGUCCUUCUAGUAUGCCUCGCUACAAACGGUGCCCUUUCGAUUACACCCCUUGCGAACCUCAAGGUCCAGAUUUUCCAUUUCGACAGCACGCGCUUCUUGACGCCUCAGCUUGGGCCAGAUGUCAAGAUCGAGAAGCACUGGCGCAACGGGGACGACUUAGCCGCAGCAACCCUGUAUGACGUCGGCGACGAAGCAUAUACACACCCUCAUCUGGUGGUACGGAAUACAACCGGCGAUGUUGUAGUUUACGAGCCGUUCUCCAGUCCAGAAGUUGCAGGCUCCUUCAAGUUUCGCAAAGUUCUCACUCACAAUGCCGACUACACUAACAACGAUUCGACGGCGGAGGAGGACGGCGAAGCAGAUCAGACAUUGCCCCCCAUGCAGCCAGUAGUCUCUUCUGGGUAUGCUGCUGUCUUGAUACCUGGCGACACUGCUAAAAUACUAAUCAAAACAGCGUCAAGCGCACUUCAUAUUUAUCCACUGGGUGAGAGAGGACAGAUCGUCGCGCUUUGCGCCGCGGGUCAAUCUGACUCUGAUCUGAUCUACGUGGACGACAGCCAUGAUUUGUGCCAGACCUCAAUACCGGAAGACCUCGUCCUCGGACUGUCUCCUUGGGUUGCACGCCGCAAAGUUCUAGGAAGCGAAGUUUCCUCCCUGGCGUACUACGAGGGUACAGCGUCCUAUGUCGUUGCCACUCAUGAGCUACCCCGUUUCAAUUGCCUCAAGAUGAUGAGUGGCACCCGGAAUGGGCAGAAGAACAAAGCAGCUUCCUCCCAACAAGUUGGACAUCCACAAUCCAGCUCAUUUCCUCAUCAACCCACAAUGUGA